AUGAGCUUUAUUGAAUAUUCAGUUCCAUCUCUUGAAAAUCCGUUCGGAAUUAAACUCUGGCCAAUUUUCAGCCACGUCUUCGAAUCAAUCAUUGGUUAUCCUGCUGAAGACUUUGAGUUUGUCCGCCACGAAACCUUCUUGGCUAAUGGAUGGCAUGCCAUUUACAUUAUCUUGGGUUAUUAUACCAUUAUUUUUGGCUACCCAGUCAUUAGAGAUAAAUUACAACUCCCAGCCUUCAAGUUGAGUUUUGCUUUCCAAAUCCAUAACCUUUUCUUGUCCUCUGGCUCUCUUAUCUUAUUGUUGUUGAUUUUGGAGCAAAUCAUCCCAAUCUUAUCCAACGGUUUCUUCUAUGGUAUCUGUUCUCCUAAAGCUUACACCAACAAAUUGGUUAUCUUGUACUACCUUAACUACAUGACCAAGUUUAUUGAAUUGAUUGAUACUGUCUUCCUUGUCUUGAAGAAGAAGAAAUUGCUCUUUUUGCACACUUAUCACCACGGUGCCACUGCCUUGUUGUGUUACACCCAACUUAUUGGUCAUACUUCUGUCCAAUGGGUCGUUAUCACUUUGAACUUGGGUGUCCAUGUCAUCAUGUACUUCUACUACUUCUUGAGUGCCAGAGGUAUCAGAGUUUGGUGGAAAAAGUACAUCACCAUCUUCCAAAUCACUCAAUUUAUCAUUGAUUUGUUUGCUGUUUACUAUGCCCUUUAUCACUACUAUGCCUCCAACUACCACAAUUGGUUGCCUCACUAUGGUAAUUGUUACGGUACCGAAGUUGCUGGUUGGUACGGUGCUGGUAUCCUUUUCAGUUAUUUGGUUCUCUUCAUCAGUUUCUACAUUUCUUCCUACAAGGUUCCAAAGAAGGCUGUUGCUCCUGUCGCCUCUUCUGCUUCUUCUGAAUCUGAAGAAGCCAAAUCUACCAGUACUGAAAAGGCUUCCACUACUGUCAAGUCCAGAUCUCGUAAAGCCUGA